UAGACGGUAACACGUCUUUCUCCCAGGCUGAUGGUUUUGAACAUAAGCAGGAUGCCACCAGGGCUCCUAAAUGGGGCCUCCUCCCAGAUCCAUUCCCCCUCAUGGACAAUGCACUUCACCCCAGCUAAUCACAGCGGCCCCUCCUGGGCUUCGCGCCCUGUGAGUAGGCAGACCUGGUCCAAACUCUGGCCAGUCCUGCCCCUUGGUCUCACUUCCCCACUCUCGAUGUUGUGAAAGACCCUUAGGAAGUGCCUGCAGACAAUAAACAUGACUGAAAGCAGGCUUUCUGCCCCCCUUUGGAACUAUCAAUCCCAUCCCAGCCCCCUUUAAAAGACUGGGGCAGUAGGAAUGUCUCACGGGAUGCCCUCUUGGCCCCUGCCUGGGUGUCAGGCAGAGGGAGUUCUUUGCUCCACUGAAGGCUUAGAGGAUACCCUGCUCCCCCCUCCCCUCCCUCUUCCUCCAGGAAGAGGAGCACUUGUCCCUCGAGGAAUGAAGAACCUGGUGGUUGUUUGACAAAGCAACCUGGAGCUAGUCUGGGCUGUUGCCCUUUCUCCCACUGGGCUAGGUCCCCUCUCCUGUGUAAGAUGAGAGGCCUCAUGCAAGCCUGACACCUGGCCGCUCAAAUGGCACUUGUUUUUACUCCAGCCAGGCCUUCUCUCCUGUGCCUCCUGCCCUUCCAGACAUGCACCAGCAUCACAAUCUUCCUUACUCAAAACUCUCAGUGCCCUUGCUGCCCCACCUACCUGUGGUGAUGCUUCUCUCUCCCUCACCCCCCACACCCAGUCAGUCCUGCCACCUCUUGCCACGUGGUUGCCAUCCCGGCCAUACCCAUCUCUCCCCUGCGAUGGGUCCUACCUUGUCUCUCUGCUUCCACUCCUGCCCCUACAGUCCAGGGUCCACACACACUGCCAGGGAGGUCCUGACAGUAAGUCAGAUCCUCUCACCUUCCUCACUCACCAUCCUCAAUGGUUUCCCAUUGCACUCCAAGUAACCCCCACCCCCCUCUCCUACAGAACCCUACGGAAGUAAGUGGACCCAGUCAGCCAUCUCUGCCCCCUCUUCCAUUUAUUAAGCUUCGGCUGCAUGACCUGUUUUCUAGCUUUCAAACAAGCCAAGCUGUUUCCACCUUUGGGCGUGUGCAUUCAGCGCACCCUCAGCCUGCAACACCCAUCUUCCUACAGCCAAGAAGGGCUUUGCUCAAACGUCACUUCUUCAGAGACACUUCUCUGGCCAGUCAGUUCAAGUAGCACUCUCUUCUCCAGGGUGCUAGCUCCUCCUCCUCACCCUGCUUCCUGUGUGUUACAGCUUCUAUUACUACCUGGAAGUCUUAGUUACAUAUGUUUACAGAUCUCUUCCACCCUGGUUGCGUCUAAAUUGGGCCAUGGCAGAGGCCCUGCCUCUCUCAUUUUCUGCAGCACUCGCUGAUGAGAGAGGCAGAUAAAGAAAGCAACAAGCACACACAUCUGAAAUAACACAGCAAACAGCAGCAAUUGCUUGUUUUUGAAAUUUUCCCUUUGAAAAUUUGAAAUUUUCAAGCUUAUCGGCAGGAACAAUGAUAUUGUCAAAACAAGCUCUCUGAGCCAUUUGGGGGAUGAGGAGAAGCCUAGUAGCUUGGACCAGGACACAAAGUUAAGAGGCGUGGAAGUGGUCUCUUACCAUAAGAACUUGUGUGUGGCGAGCUUUAAUGGUGAGCCCACACUUGCGUUCUGGGAAGAACCUGCAGACUUCGGUUUUUUGCUUUUCUGCUCUUUAGGAAGUCCUCUAAAUUCUUGCCGUCUCGUUUUUGGAAUUAGGGCGAUCUAACUAUUAUCAUCUUGGGCUACUUCCUCCCCCUAUCUCAUUUCUCCAUCCCCAAAGAAGCAUCUCUUCUGGGGUGAGCUCUUUUGCGCUGGAAGGAAACCAAUCACAGACCCAGCUGCUCGGACCUCUUGCAGGCGUCGACCUGGGGACGAUGGAGGCAGCUAGAGCCCCCCUCAACCCUGACCAACCAAGCGGAUAGCAGUGGAGUCUGCAGCUUCUGGAUUGGAUUCUUUGGGGCCAUCAAUUAGUUUGUCAUCAGAUCCGCUGGGGUCUCUGGGACCUGGGCCAUAAUCAAAUAGGAUGUGCUGCUCCCUAAAAAAAAAAGACAACAACAAACCAAACAAAGUGGAAAUCCCAAACAGAUGAGGGAGAAAGAAUUGCCUUUUUGUCUCAACCCCACCCCCAACCCUGUUGCCAUGUGUGACCUGUUUUCCUUCCAGUCUCUUUUCUUCUCUCAGUUCACCCGCCCGUCGGGAGGCAGAGCCCCUUCCCUCUUCAGAACCUAAGCAGUGAUGACAUUUGCCGAGGACGAGACUUACCGUUAUAUCCGCAACAAUCACAGCCAGUUUUGCAUUGUUGAUGUUCUUGAGAUUCUGCCUUUCUUGGCCUGCCUCACGCCAAGUGACCAGGAUCGGCUGCGGGCAUCCUACAUACGCAUAGGGAACCGGGACACAGUCUGGGAACUCUUCAACAGCCUGAAGCGGCGAAGCGGCUGGGUGGCAUCUCUCAUCCAGGCAUUGAAGGCCUGUGAACUGACUGAUCUAGCUGAGAUAGUGGCCAGCGUCUAUCAGAGCCACCUGCCCCGGAAUCAGAUUUGCCCCCCAGCCCCAAUGGAGCCAAGGUCAGUCCCCACUGAGAUUCCAGGACCCACAGCAGCCCCCAGCGCCUCCCUCAAUGGCUACAGAGAGGACCAGCCAAGCUACCCAACUCCUGUCCAGGACACUCAGCCGACAGAGACCCUGGGGGAGAGAUCGGAACAAAACCCGCUGGCCCCCAGCUCUGGGGCCGUCCCAAGGAGGCCAGAGGGUCCCCUGGAGCCCUCCUCUGCUCUGACGGCGGCCGUCAGCCCCCUGACCUCUAUCAGGUGUCAGGAGCAGGACACGGGACAGGGCAGUGCCCCCACAGCAGGCAUGGUCUCCAGCCCCACCUCACCCCGUGGGCCUGUGUCUCCGUCUGUCUCCUUCCAACCCCUGAGCCGCACCACCCCCAGGGCAAGCCGCUUGCCUGGACCCCCAGUGUCAGCUCCAUCCACUGGCACCUCCUCCAAGGUGGCUGGCUUGGGUCCUGCAGGAAGUGCUGGUGACCAGGCUGAGGCCACCAUCUACUCCAGUAAGACAGGAGUACCUGCAGCCUCUGUGACCACCAGCACAGUACUCACCAAAGUGCCCACGAUGCCUGGAAGCGCUCUGCCCUCCAAAGGGCCCACCAGCCCGGCAUCCACCAGCCUGGCACCCUCCAAGUUACCCACGAUGCCUGGAAACGCACUGCCCUCCAAAGGGCCCACCAGCCCGGCCCCCUCCAAGUUACCCACGAUGCCUGCAAACACAGUGGCUUCCAAAGGACCCACCAGCCCAGCACCCUCUAAGUUGCCCACCCUGAAGCCCCCUGCUGUGAUGACCUCUACCAUACCUCCAUCCAAACUGCCCACCAACUCCAUGCGUGCCGGCUCAGUGCCCAGAAGCAGGAGGCCAGAGGAAACCCCAGUGGCUCCAGCACCUGCAGGCCCCUGUGGAGGCAACUCUCCCAGGCCAGAGGGCACGUUGAGCUCAGAGGUGGAGCUGAGCAAGCCAGAGGAGCUGGUGUCCCGGCUGGACAGCCAGCCAUUCUCAGGCACCUCCCAGGACCUGGCCAUCAGCUACAGCGACUCCCUAGAUUCAGAGUCGAGCAACUUCCCGGAGGAGAACGAGUAUGUGUCCCAGACCGUGGGCUCCUUUGCAAUCCACCUGACCGAGAGCCCCAGUGCUGACCUCCUGGGGGCCAACUCCGGAUUGCAAGCCGCCCUGAAGUCCCCGAUGCACGAGAAGCCUAAGGUGGAGGCGCCCGGCACCACGCCUGGCUCCUGGGCUGCAUGGCUUGGGAUGGCUGCGGCGGGGGCGCUCCUGGCCACGGUCCUGGCAGUGCUGUACCGGCGGCGCCUACACCAGUGAAGGGUGGAGGCCUUUGGGCGUGCCUCCCCUGCGUCUGUCUGCUCCCUCUCCAGAGCCGGGCUGCCUGACGCCCCUGGUCCCUUUUCUCAGGACUGGUGAGGGUGGAGUCUGGGGAAAGAGGCGGGGUCUGAGGGAAAGGGGGAGGGGUCUUGGGCUGGAGGCAAGCAUUUCCAUCCCUGCUGGUGUUUCCUGUGCCCUGGACUGCCCCUUGCACUCCAGACCGGCCCACCUCCCAGUCAGGUCUCAUCCGGGUCAGGAGAUUCAGCCAUCCCCACCCCCAACUCACCCAUGUUCCCAGCGAAGGGCCGGCAGACGUGCAGGGUGGGGCCUGAGACUGUGUCCUGAGGGGCGGAAGGGACAGAAGGGCACGUCUCUAGCGACUGGGCUGCUUGGAGCCGCUGGGCCGUCCGGUCCCAACGAGGCCACCAGGGGAAGGGAAGGUUCCCAGGAGCCAGCGUGACCGCUGCCAACCCUGCAGAUCAUCUCCCCGAGUCUGUCUGGAGACCUUACAUCCUUUUCCUGUCCCGCACCCCCACCCCAACCCGAGCCCCUCCUUCUUCUCUGCCUCCUGGUCUCCAUGUUCUCUUCGGCUUCUUACACGGGUGGGGAGGGAGUGCCUGGCGAGGCAGAGGGUUGAGCUUUCCAUUCUGCCCCCGGCUGGGCGGUGUGGCCCUGGCGGGUUAUCUGACUUCUCAGGUUGUCUCUCCGGAAUGUGCCUUCUCCUUCCCUGGGUGCUUCUGAGACAGCAGGGCCUGGUCCGGAGGGGGUGGCCCCUCUCCCUGCCAGCCGGUGGAGUGCGGGGCCUGUGCUGCAGGGGCACGGAGGAAGAGGGGUGUCACUGGCGGUGCAGGGCAGCCUCGGCCUCACCCUGCUCCUUCCUGCACUGGCUGGGAUCUUAGUUAGUUAAAGCGGUUAACCUUUCUGUGCCUCAGUUUCUCACCUGUAAAAUGGGGUGAAUAGUACUGUGCCUAUAGAUAUAUAUAUAUAUUGAGAUGUGCCUACUGCAGAGUGUUGUGUGGAUUAAAGGCAUUUUUUUCUGUAUAAAGCUUA